CGGAGCUACAGUUAGACUUUAUAAAAUCAAUGCCCAGACUUUCUGCAGCUACAGAUGAAGAGCAGAUUCAAGAGGAAACCGACACAGUGUGUAACAGAAGACCCAAACGCAGAGCUGCCUGACAACGAGCUACAGACUAUGGCUGAUCGUGGAACUGACAGCACAAGGAGAAAGAAGCAGACCUUGAGAAAUAACAGCCCGGUGACUGGGACAAGAGGACAGAGACAGUCAACCCCAGGGGGAUCUCCCACAAAACUUUGCUGCAAACCAGUAGCAAACGCUAACAGUCAUCAGCCGCAAAAACAAAAAAAAACAGGGCUCAGCCCAGCAGCGGUGGAAAAGAUAAAGAAGCUGCGCCAGUCUGCUGUUAACCAUCCUAAAAUGUCAAGAGAAAGCACAAGCGGUCAAUUCAUGGAAAAAGACCACAGCAAUGGAAAGAGCUUAAGUCUUGCACAUGUUAUAAAGAACAACCGGAGCGAAAAAGUAGAAGAUGGAAACAAUGAAAACCUGCCCAUGUUUAAACUCAACCUGGCUGAAACAUGGAAGAACAGUGAUGGAUUCUGCAGAAGAUGCACAUUUGGGAAAGAGAGAGUAAAAGAGAACAAGACCAUUAUGAUGAUCGGAGCCACAGGUGCAGGAAAAACCACUCUAAUUAACAGCAUGAUCAACUACAUUCUGGGAGUGCAAUGGGAAGACGACUUCCGGUUUGUGUUAAUACAUGAAGGGAAGCAGAAAUCCCAGGCUGAAAGUCAGACAACAGCGAUCACAGCAUAUCAAAUUAAUCACAAGUAUGGUUUCCAGGUUCCAUAUUCUCUGACUAUUGUGGACACACCAGGCUUCGGUGAUACCAGAGGAAUUUCUCAAGACCAGAAAAUCACAAAGCAGAUUCAGGAGUUCUUUUCUAAUCCAGGAGGGAUCGACAGCAUUGAUGCCGUGUGUUUUGUAGUACAAGCUUCACUUCCCCGUCUGACACCCACACAGAAAUACAUCUUUGACUCCAUUCUUUCCAUAUUUGGGAAUGAUAUUGCUGAAAACAUCCUUGUGAUGGUCACUUUUGCAGAUGGGAAAAAACCUCUUGUACUUGAGGCCAUCAAAGUCUCUGAGGUUCCCUGUUCAACCAAUGAGUCUGAAGAGCCUCUUUACUUCAAGUUCAACAACUCUGCUCUUUUUGCUACCAAUAAACAAUCUGCACAGAAUAAGAAGUCUGGCUGUGGAAACUUUGACCAAAUGUUCUGGGAUUUGGGAUUUUUUAGCAUGAGAGAAUUCUUCACAUCCCUUAACAAGAUGGAAACCAAGAGCUUGUCUCUGACACGGGAGGUCCUAAAAGAGCGUCAACAGCUGGAAGUGCUCGUGGAAGGUCUCCAGCCCCAAAUCAAUGCUGGUCUAUCAAAACUGGAUGCAAUCAAAAAGACAAGAGCUGCUCUGGAGCAACACAAAGCUGAAAUGGAUGCUAACAAGAAUUUUGAAUAUGAAGUAGAAGAAAUUGUCCCAAAACAAAUUGAAAACCACUCUGACUACUUCUUGACCAACUGCCACAAGUGCCAUUACACAUGUCAUGGGGCAUGCAGUCGUGCAGACAGCAAUAAGAAUUUGUGCACAGUCAUGAAAGAUGGAAAGUGUACGGUCUGUCCUGGAAAGUGUGUUUGGAAUGUGCACUUUAAUCAGAAAUACAAAUGGAGGUAUGUCACAGAAAAGAGAAAGGAAACCUAUCAGGAUUUGAAAAAGCGAUUUGAGGAAGCACAUGGAAAGGUCAUGUCAAAAGAAAAGAUCUUUGAAGAGCUGGAAAAGGAGUUUCAGGUUGUCCAGGAUAUUGUGGCUGGACUUAUAGAAAAAUCUCAAAAGUCCUUGGAGCGUCUGCAGGAAAUCGCCCUGAAGCCCAAUCCUCUGUCCACCCCUGACUACAUUGAUCUGAUGAUUGAGUCUGAGAAACAAGAAGCCAAACUUGGAUUUCAAGAUCGCAUUCAGUCUUUAAUGGCAGUCAGGAAGAAGGCUGAGCUUAUCAGUCAGGUUUCCACAGGAGAAGUGCUUCCAGAGGAUUGGGAAGCUUGCAAAUCACAGAAAGAUGAAUCUUAUAAUCCAGGCCUCCUGUGUCGGAUGAAGGAAGGUCUCAAGAAACUCAGACCAAAAAAACAGUAAAUGAAACAAGCAAGUCUUUUAAAUGUCACUGUCAAAACUUAAAUAACAGCUUUUUGGUUUCACCUUUUAUCUGUAAUUACUUUACAUAUAGAUAUUAAAGGCACAGUAUGCAUGUUUCGCUGCUAGAACUUAUGCAAAACAGUAACAAAUGUGUAGCUUGAUGACACUGUGAAUGAGUGUGGAAUCAUGGGAGUUGUCAUCUUCACCUCCACAUCCAAUGGAAAGCAUCCUGAUGGGACUCAGGCAGAAAACAUGUUCAUAAAUGAGCUAAUGUAUUCAAGUUUUAUUAAUGUCAUUGCGGUUUAAAGCAGGGUGGGGCAGAGAGCCUCUGGAGCGAAUGCUAAUAAGAGACACCUGUGUGACACACCGGUCUCGAGUCCCAUGGAAUGACGGCAGUGAAGGGGAGAAAGGACCAGGGUUGGGACGUUGUUGUUUUAUUAUGCUUAUAUAACAAAGUCGCUACUUUCAUUUUGUUGUUUGUUUUAUUUUAAGAUCAAAGUUAUGUUUAACAUUUGCUGGUUCCUGCCUGCCUCCUAAGUUCGCUCGGUGGCUGGUAUGAGACAAUCGUUUCACACUGCAGUAAGCUAGAUCGAUUUUAGUCAAUUCACCUUUAUUUAUAUAGCGCUUUAUACAACAGAGUGAUUCAAAGCAGCUUUGCAGUGAUACGUCAUUUCAGUAUUCUUACAGUUCCGCUGCAUUUUUAAAUGAGUUCAUUUCAUCUAUAAAGCAGUAAAAAAAUAAAUACAUAAAAAAAAAAAAUAUAUAUAUAUAUAUAUUUUGCCAUCAUCUAACUCAGUUCAGUUCUCAUUCAACAGUGUCAGUAAAGUCAGAUCAAAUAUAUUGUUGAAUGUUAAGUGUCCUCAACUAAGCAACAUUAAAAUAUCAUAUUAAUAAUAACUGGAUGACUUGUUAAAUGGCAUGCAAUUCAUUUUAAAAUAUAUUGUAUUGUGGUAAAAAUGCUCUAUUACUGUUGCUUCACAUAAAGCUCUAUCUGAUUAUGUUAUUGAGUAUGUUAGCCACUUGACUAAAUAGUGUUGUCUCUGAUGUAUGGUACAAACAUGUUAUACUUGUAGUAAAUCAAGAAAACAAGAUUCAAACAAUAAGACUUACUGUGUUGAACUAUAUAACAAUGAUUAGUUUUCUGUCUAUGAAUGUAUCCACCUAAACAGUUGCUCUCCUCUCUAAUAAAUCAUAUAAUAUAA